AUGGGAUUUAAGGAAGCAUUCACGAGACAAGGCGAUGGAGAGAAUUUGCUCUUCGAUGAUGAUGCAUUCAUCUAUUUCGCCAUUUCCAUUCUUACUCUAGUUAUUCUUCCUCUGGUUUACUCCGUUAUCAAGCCACUGUUCACAACAUACGUGUUUGGAGAAGACAGAAGAAAAUUCGCACGUGUUCCCAAAAGCUCCAAUGAUCAGCAAAAUCUACAACUAGCUAAAUAGGAAUUGAGACUUAAAUGGCUUACAAAAGGGUUUGUGGUUAAGAUCAUAAUACUUGUGGCUCUUUUGUUAUUGCUCAAUGCAUCUAUUUAAUCGUUGCCAAAGGCUGACAAAAUUAAAGGGUUUGAUCCCUAUGAGAUUUUAGAAAUCGAUCCAAGUGCAACGGAAUAAGAAAUUCGUAAAGCCUAUAGAAAGAUUUCAUUAAAAUUGCAUCCAGACAAAAAUCCUGAUGAUCCUUAAGCAAAUCAAAAAUUUAUUCUUCUGACAAAAGCAUAUGAGUGUUUGACAGACGAAGACAAAAAAUCAUUAUGUAUGAAAUAUGGAAAUCCAGAUGGACAAUAAAGUUUAUCUGUGGGAAUAGCUAUGCCAUCAUUUCUUCUAAAAAAAGAAAAUAGAGCUGCCUUCUUAGCAGUCAUUUUUCUGUUGCUUUUGGUUGUAGUGCCCAUUAUUGUUUUGUAUGAAUUGAGAUCAAUAGGGAAAUACGAUCAAAAUGGAGUCAUGCUUAGUAAUCAGGAAAAAUUCGAACGAGGCUUAGAAGAAAACCUAUUAAUCAAGAAAGGAGUAGAACUAUCUAGUUGCAGUGAUGAAUUAUGCAGAUUGAGAUUGAAAACUGAAUAACAAGCAAUUGCUUUGGAGAAAUUAGUUAAUGAAUUAAAAGAAGAAGCUGAAUUAAGAAAAAUAUAAAAAUUUGAGAUUACAGAAGCACUUGAACAAUCCAAAAAAUAAAAGAAUAAAAAAAGAAGAGUGACCAUUUCUAUUGCCAUGAUUUUAAUAUAUGCUCAUCUCUUUGGUAAACCAAUUCCUGACAGUGUUAAAUCUUUAUAUAGAUCUACUAUUAAGAUCAUUCCAAAGUUGGUAAACUCUAUGGUAAGGUUGGCUUUUGAAUUCUCAAUGAAAUACAAAGUAAUCCAAUGGAGAUAAAGAGGGAGAUUCUAAACUAAAUUUAUGGGUGCAAGAUGCAUAAACAACAUAUUAUAAUUCUCUCAAUGCAUAGUAUAAGGAAUAUAUGAAACCGAUAACCCAAUAAAUUAAAUUGAAUUCUUUGCUAAUAAAGCCAAAGAUUAUAUUAAAAAAGGAAAGAUGCCAAUAUUCCAAGAAUUAGUUCAAAAAUCAGUUGAUUAAAGAGUGUUACCUAAUUGGGUACCUGAAGAAUUCAAAGACCAAAUUAUGAAUGAAAUAAACAUGUUUCCUUAAUUGGAUAUCAAACACGAAGUCACUGUCGAUGACGAGUCAAUUGUUGAAUAAUGCAAUGAAGACAUCUUUAGUAUUAAAAUCACCUUAACAAGAUUGAAUACUCCUGAAGGAGAAGACAUUCCCUUUGCUCAUUCAAACAGAUAUACAUAUGUGAAGGAAGAGGGAUGGCACAUUUUGAUCACCUUCCAAAAUGAGGUCUUUUAUUAUGCUUAAUUGAAUGGAGCGAACAGAGUGUAAUCUACUGAAUUCAAAUUUUAACCCAAAAUGUAUUUUGGAGAUGUAGUCGAUUUUGAAUUUGUUUUAUUCGUCAUUUCUGAUUGUUACAGAGGGUUGGAUGCAGAAAUACCCAUCAAAUUCAAAGCCAAGAAAACCAGUCAAAUAAGCAGGGCUGUUGAGUAUCACAAGGAAGAUCAAGAAUUAGACAAGUCCCUUCCCUUUAUUCAAUCUAUGUUGUUCCCCAUGUAAAAUAAGGUUGAGGAUAGUGAUUCAGAAGAUGAAGAUCAAGAGAAGAAGGAGGAUGAAUGA